AGGUAGAGAAGGGUUUAAUUAAAAAGAGCAGUAGAGAUCAAAUUGAGAGAGAGAGACAGAGAGAGAUGGAGACUUUUCCGAUCAUUGACAUGCAGAAGCUUAAUGGUGAAGAGAGAGCAGCAAUCAUGGAGGAGGUAAAAGACGCUUGUGAGAAGUGGGGCUUCUUUGAGUUGGUGAACCAUGGAAUAUCCCACGAGCUGAUGGACAAAGUGGAGAGGCGAACAAAGGAACACUACAGCAAGUUCAUGGAACAAAGGUUCAAGGAUAUGGUGGCCAGCAAGGGCCUUGAGCCAGAAACCCUAGUUCACUCUGCACAACAACUAAUCAACCAUCUGGACUGGGAAAGCACCUUCUUCUUGCGCCAUCUUCCUCUUUCUAACGUCUCAGAAAUCCCCGAUCUUGAACAAGAUUACAGGGAGGCAAUGAAGGAAUUUGCAGGAGAAAUAGAGAAGCUUGCGGAGAAACUUCUGGACUUGUUGUGCGAGAAUCUUGGGCUGGAGAAUGGGUAUCUGAAGAAGGCUUUCCAUGGGUCCGAUGGCCCUACCUUUGGGACUAAGGUCAGCAACUACCCUCCAUGCCCUCACCCGGAACUCAUAAAGGGCCUCCGAGCUCACACAGACGCCGGCGGCAUCAUCUUACUCUUCCAAGACCACAAGGUCUGUGGACUCCAGCUCCUCAAAGGUGGCCGAUGGAUCGACGUACCUCCCAUCAAACACGCCAUUGUGAUCAACAUAGGCGACCAACUUGAGGUAAUCAGUAAUGGGAAAUACAAGAGUGUGAUGCAUCGGGUGAUGGCUCAGCCCGACGGCAACAGAAUGUCUAUAGCGUCGUUCUACAAUCCAGGCAGCAACGCCGUCAUCCAUCCGGCGCCGGCCCUGGUGGAGAAACAAGAAGAACAAGCCGGAGUAGUAGUUUACCCGACAUUCGUUUUUGGCGACUACAUGAAGCUUUAUGCCGGCCAGAAGUUCCAGGCAAAGGAACCUCGUUUCGAAGCUCUCAAGGCCAUUGAGAGCAGCAGCGGCAGCAUGAACCAGAUGCAGAUGGGCACGGACCCAAUUGCAGAAGUUUGAUUUCAUUUUGUUUUUAGAUCUUAAGGCUUAUUGAAGGAUCGAGACUUCAAGAUAUAAUUAAGUUGCUUGUUGGAUGAUCAACUAAUGGCGUUUUUCUUGUGUGGUUUGCUUGGCCAGUGUUUGCAAAAUAAGCACUCCUGUUUGGUCAUGGGAGUUCGCAAUUAUUAGGUUAAGAUAUGUUUGUGAGUAUAAUAU